AUGAACUGUCGAUCAGAAGUCCUGGAGGUGUCAGUGGAGGGCAGGCAGGUGGAUGAGGCCAUGAUGGCUCUCCUGCACACGAUCCUUCUGCACCGCAGCACGGGUAAAUUUCACUAUAAGAAAGAAGGCACGUACUCCAUCGGUACGGUGGGAACACAGGACGUGGACUGCGACUUUAUCGACUUCGCAUUUGUGCGAGUGUCUUCAGAUGAGCUCGACAGGGUUAUUAGGAAAGCCGUGGCCGAAUUUAAGGAUGCUCUUGGCAAUUCUGGAAGUGAUGGCAUGGGUCAGAUCUCUCUGGAAUUCUAUCAGAAGAAAAAGUCACGAUGGCCCUUUUCAGAUGAAUGCAUCCCUUGGGAGGUCUGGAGCAUUAAGGUCAACGUAGUGAACCUGGCCAACGAACAGGAACGGCAGAUAUGCAGGGAGAAAGUCGGCGAGAAGCUCGGCGAGAAAGUCAUCAACAUCGUGGAGGUGAUUAACCGUCACGAGUACCUUCCCAAGAUGCCCACGCAGUCGGAGGUCGACAACGUGUUUGAUACGAGCUUGAAAGAUGUUCAGCCCUAUCUGUACAAGAUCACUUACCAUAUCACGGACUCUCUGGGCACAUCAGUUAGCACAACCAUGAGAAGACUUAUCAAAGACACUUUGGCUUUAUAAAGCAAAUGCUGCUUAUUGGACCGCUACAAUGGUUGUUGUAUAAUUCACAAGACAUGUGUUUUUAUUACUUCUGGCUAUGGUAUUGCUAAAUUGAUGUCUGGAUUUCAUUCCAGCACUUCCCUUGUAUAAUAAUGGUGUCUAAUAUAUUUGCACUACAAUAAUAUACAAUUAUUCCACAAUUACUCUUAAUAUUAUUCUAUAAAUCUUAUGUUUUUCAUUUUUUUUUUUUUGGAAAAUAAAGUCUAAUUAUGUCCACUAAUAAA